AUGACACUUUCUUUUCAUCUCAUCAUCACGCUUGAAUUGGAUACAGCUGUUACUGAGAGUAUAUUGGAUACAAGUGUAUCAUCUCAAAAAAGUCUUAAUCGAAGUUCAAGUAAUCCAGACUUAUCUCAACAUAAAGCACUUUCAUCUUCUACAUCAUUAGCAAACGAUGACGUUGAUAAUUCAGCAUUUAUUGUUAAAGUUUAUCGUUCUGAUCAAUCAUUUAAAUAUUUUCCUGUACAUAAAGAUACAACAGCUAAACAAGUUGUCAUGUUAGCAAUAACAGAAUUUGGUAUUGCCGAUCAAAGCAGUCGUCUGUCUUGUCGUGAAUUUGAUUUGUUGCGACAAAGUAUAUUUUAUGAUGACAUGUGUUAUUCGUUAUGCGAAGUAUCUGCUGAAAAUGGUGUUAUUAAACAAAAGCGUUUACCAGAUCAUAUAGAUAAUCUUCCUGAACGACUUUCAUUAAAUGCACGAUAUUAUUUAAAAAAUAAUCAUUCAACAGAAACAUUGGUACCCGAUCAAUUAGCACAUGAAUUAAUACGUGAAGCACAAAUUAAUUUUUUACAAUUAGAUGCAUUAGAAAUAUGUGCACAAUUAACAUUAAGAGAUUUUGCAUUAUUUAAAAGUAUACAACCAACGGAAUAUAUCGAUCAUGUAUUUAAACUUAAUUCAUUAUACGGUUCACCACAUUUAGAUAAAUUUCUUAAACUUCCAAAUGAAGAAAUGUAUUGGAUAAUUACAGAAAUUGUUCGAGAACAAAAUAUUGUUCGACGUUCUAAAAUUAUUAAACAUUUUAUUAAAAUUGCUAAAUGUUGUAAAGAUAUGAAAAAUUUUAAUUCAAUGUUUGCUAUUGUAAGUGGACUUGAUCAUAAAGCUGUUCAACGUUUACAAACAACGUGGGAACGAAUACCAGAUAAAUAUAAAAAAAUGUUUGAAGAAUUAAAAUCAUUACUCGAUUUAUCUCGAAAUAUGUCCGUUUAUCGAAAUUUAUUAAAAAGUGAAUUUAUAAUGCCUCCAAUUAUACCUAUGUUUCCUGUAUGUAUGAAAGAUUUAACAUUCAUUCAUUUGGGUAAUCAAUCCGAAGAUGAUGGAUUAAUCAAUUUUGAAAAAUUACGAAUGUUAGCAAAAGAAAUUCGACAUAUAACUGGAAUGGCUUCAUCAUCAUAUGAUAUUACAAAUAUGUUUGAUUCUCCUACAUCUCAUUCUCAUGUAUUUGGUAAUUCAACUGAUACAUUUGGUACGAUAAAAAGAACUCAUACUGGAAUUCGUUUAUCCGUUUUGGCAAAUGCAAAACGUCUUUAUGAUGAAGCAUUAAUGGUGAAAAAAGUGAAAACAUAUUUGAGUAAUGCAGAUGUGAUUCAAGAUGAAAGUAAAUUAAUCGAUUUGGCUAAUCAAUGUGAACCAGAUGGUGCAUCUCCAAUAAUUGGUACACUAGCCUCUUUAAGUAUACCAGAAGAAGAUGAGGACUUUUAUGUUGUCGGUGCAUCAGCAGUUGAUAAUGAGACAAAUAAUAAUAGUGAACAUAAAAGUAAUCCUCCUUCAUCACCAUCAGCAGCAGCAUCACCAUCAUUUAGUCUUGUAAAUGCGUUUCUACAAAACGUAAGCACAUUAAAACGUCGUGGUCCAUCACCAUCGGCAAGUAGUUUAUCAAGUAAUUCAUCAUAUGAUCGACGUGCUGGACAAUUACCAAAAUUUGAUUUAUAUACAGGUACACAAUCUCCUGAUGCUAUGAAUAAAUUACUACAAUUAUCGGACAGUAAUCGCGUUAAACCACGUGCACCCCAAAAACCAUUUUAUCACCAUCCUGCAUCCCCGUUACCUCCAACAUCGUCAAUUUCAAUUACAAAUCCAACAUCGGACAGUUUAGCUUCAACAUCAGCGACUACUCUCUCAUCGACGCCAACAUCUCCACCACUGUUAACUUUCCAUAAACGAUCAGUACCAAAUAUUAAAAUUGCUUUAACCAGUGAAAGUUCAAGUUUAAAUCCCUCUUCUCAACGACCUAAACAUCAUCAACGUCAACAGCCCCAACAUCAUUCGAAUUCAAAUUCGUUGAUUGAUCAACCACUUCGUGGAUCUCCUAUAUCAUAUGACGGUGAUUCUGGACGUGGAAGUCUUAAUUCAACAAAUGAAUGUAUAGUGGAUAAUAAUUGUAUUACCAAUGGAAUGAUAGGUGGUAAUCAUAGUUCAAGUAAUAGUACAACAUCAGAAUCAACUGUCUUCGACAGUUACAGCUCAAAAUAUUCAAAUCUUAAACUUCGACCACCUCUUCCAAUGUCAAUGUCUGUUACAACAAUAUCUCAAUCACAAAAAGCGCGUAAUUGGAUGAAACGUUCACAAUCUCAAAAUGAAUCUGAUACAGACACAAAUCGAUCCAGUUCAACCUCAGUCGAACAAAAUGAUCUAUUGGAAUUAGAUUACGAUGAACAAGUGACAGCUGUUUAA